UGGAAAGUGUCGGUAUGCAUACAAUUUCAGUGCCUCUGGGAAGUGUACGUGCAUUUUUUUACGAUUAAUAGUUUAGGUUACUUGGGUAAGAUUUUUAUUUAAAUGUAUAUUAUUUACAGAUUAUCCGAGUGCUCGUUGUACUUCUAUACGUCAUGGGAUUACGAAGCAUGCCCAUAAAUAGCCGAUUUAAUGUUAAGUUCAGUCCAGUCUUGGAAAAGGAGGACAUAUCACUUGGUGCUUUAUUCGCGAAAAUUCCUCAAGAUUGGAAACCUGGAUCUGCACAAAAAGUACUUUCAAAAUAUGUCCUUCCAGAUGGUGCAAACUUGGAAAUAGGAUCCACGAAUCAGAUUGCCAAAAUAAUAUUACCACCUCAAUCUUCAACUGAGGAGCCUAAAGUAAAAGAAAAUACAAGUUAUAUAAAUAUACCAAUUAUUAUGCAACCAUUUGAUGCUUACAAUGUUAUAGUAGCAACAGCGCCUAAAAAUAUGAGACUUGGUAAAGGAGAAAAUGCAAAGCCAGUUGUUGUUUAUGUUGUGUUUCCUGAUGAUGACGGUGAUCCGAUGACUCCGAAAAUUCCUUCUAUAUAUUUCAUUACUAAACCUGAUGAGCCCCUACCUUUUCAAAAGAAGAAGGAAGAUCCAGUAUUACUUGUAGAUAGCAAUAGAACAGUCACGGGAUUAAAAAGCAAAGCAAUGAUAAAAUUUGUUAAGUUCCACAAUAAAAUGACCAAUCAAUUAGAAAUUCAUUAAACUUAGAUUUAGUUCAUGGUGGUGAUGAUGUUAUAAAAGCUGUUUGAAAACCGAUAAGUUGUCAAAUUGUAAGACUUGAUGUUCUGUGUAAAAAUGUCAUCCGGUGCUUACUGGUUGAUAUCAUACAGUAUGUAGAUGAAAUUUUGUCAAUGUUUUUAUCUUUAUUUUAAUAGGUUGAUAAUAAAGACCAAAAUUGUGAAAAGCUGAGCAGGAAUUUCAUAUAUUUUUAGGUCUCAUUACU